GCGCAAGUUCAACAACAACAACAACAACAACAACAACAACAACAACAACAACAACAACAACAACAACUACAACAACAACAACAACAACAACAACAACAACAACAACAACAACAACAACAACAACAACAACAACAACAACAACAACAACAACAACAACAACAACAACAACAACAACAACAACAACAACAACAACAACAACAACAACAACAACAACAACAACAACAACAACAACAACAACAACAACAACAACAACAACAACAACAACAACAACAACAACAACAACAACAACAACAACAACAACAACAACAACAACAACAACAACAACAACAACAACAACAACAACAACAACAACAACAACAACAACAACAACAACAACAACAACAACAACAACAACAACAACAACAACAACAACAACAACAACAACAACAACAACAACAACAACAACAACAA